GGGCCGUGCGCCUGCGCCGGGCGCGUGCGCACUAGCCUUCUCCCCGCCCCUCUCGGCUUGGGCAGGUCUCUGCAGCUUUAAGAGGGUCGCGGGGCCUGGAGGGUCCCUCCGACCGCCGCCUCAGUUUGGGCUCGGUUGCCUCGCUUCUGUUUCUUUUCUUUUCCUUUUUCUUCCCCCCGUGGAGGGCUGGGCGCCCUUGAGCUCCUGAAGGAGGCGCUGUGCCCUAGCCCACCCGCCGCCUCGCGCGCCUCCCGAAGGCGGCUAGGGACCUUCCCGGAGCGCCCUCUGAGGUGGCAGCGCCCGCACCCCCCCUUCCCCUCGGCCUGGGAGCGAGGAAGAGGACCACCUCCCCUCCCCCUCCCCAUUGGCGGCGGGCCCCCCAAAAUGGCGGCGGCCAAGGAGGAGGGCCCAGGACCGCGCGCCAGAGUGGAGAAGCAAGGCCUAGUCCAAGUGGCAGUAUAGGGUGCUUCAGUCUGUGGAAUGUCUUCAGUUUGAAGACAAAACGGAUACAGUGUUUGGCAACGCAGAAGAACACAUCCCGUUGUCUUCCCCUGUUUAGGUGCAAACAUUAUAAAUUCUGAGAUGUCUGAGAAGACAGUCCACAACCUCAGUCCUGCUUUUGACAGCAUCCCCUACAGAAUGCAGAACCGGACAGGAUCCACCAACUCUUUGCUGGAUGACAGUGAUUAUUUCCUGAACUCAGGAGACCUUGCAGGAAUUCCUGUGGUUGGGAGUGACAAUGAAGAAGAGCAGACUUUUGCUCCAAAGGAUGGUCUCUCUUCUGCCCUUCGCUGUGAAGAUAGCCGGGGAGAUGGGAGGAGGGUCCGGGAUCAUGUGGUGGACAGUGAAAAAGACACCCCGAUGCAAAACAUGAUCCAGAAGGAUCUCUCUCCCCCUUUUGACAAGGGAUCCUCUGUGUUUAAGUCCCUGCGGAAAGACUUUAGCAUCGCAAGAGAUGAUAGUAAAGACCCUUUCUUGGCAAAGGAGAAAACCAGAGAAGGAUCUUUCCAAGAACGUGACAAACGCUUGGAAAAAAUGCCGAAAGAGCUAGAUUCCAGAUUGAAAAGCAGUUUGCUUGAUAAAUCAGUUGCGAAUCAAGUAGAUGAAACGUUACGGACACAUUUAGCACCGCAAACACCAGAAACUAACUUUAGGGAAUCUAGCUACCUGUUUGCUAAUAAAGACUCUGUUGGCCAAGAGCUCGGGAAUUCCUACGCGUCCAAUAUUAGAAUCAAAGAAGAGCCUUUGGAUAAUGACUACGAUAAAGCUAUGGCACCUCAGCCGGGGCUGCUGAAUAAAAUUAAGGAUGAGCCAGACAGUACUGAGGAUUAUGGCCAGCAGCCAAAAACUCAGGAAGGAGAACUGAAAAUCAGCGCUGUGUUUUCUGUCAGCGGCAGCCCUCUCGCUCCGCAGCUGACCUCAGGUUUCCCACCUAACACGCCAUCCUCUGGCAUGAACAAGCUACUUCCUUCGGUCCCAAGCACGGCCGUUCGGGUUUCCUGUUCGGGAUGCAAGAAGAUCCUGCAGAAGGGGCAGACAGCCUAUCAAAGGAAGGGCUCUACUCAGCUCUUCUGCUCCACACUGUGCCUCACGGGAUACACUGUACCAGCCACUCGGCCACAGCCUUUCACCAAGAAAACGUGCUCCAGCUGCUCAAAGGACAUCCUGCACCCAAAAGAUGUGAUUACAGCUCAGUUUGACAAUACAAAUUCCAGCAAGGAUUUCUGUAGCCAGUCCUGUCUUUCUGUGUACGAGUUGAAAAGGAAGCCCGUGGUCACCAUCCAUACAAACAGCAUCUCCACCAAAUGCAGCAUGUGCCAGAAGAACGCAGUGAUUCGGCAUGAAGUGAAUUACCAGAAUGUGGUACAUAAGCUCUGCAGCGAUGCCUGCUUCUCCAAGUUUCGUUCCGCGAACAACCUGACCAUGAACUGCUGUGAAAACUGUGGGGGCUACUGCUACAGUGCUUCGGGACAGUGUCACAUGCUUCAGAUCGAGGGGCAGUCCAAAAAGUUUUGUAGCUCAGCCUGCGUCACUGCCUACAAGCAGAAGUCUGCAAAAAUUACCCCCUGUGCAAUGUGUAAAUCUCUGAGAUCUUCAGCUGAGAUGAUCGAAAGCACAAAUAAUGUGGGGAAAACGGAGCUCUUUUGUUCCGUGAAUUGCUUGUCGGCACACAGAGUCAAAGUGGUCACAUCGUCAGGUGUCCAGGUCCAAUGUAAUAGCUGUAAAACCUCAGCCAUCCCUCAGUAUCAUCUUGCGAUGUCAGAUGGAAGCAUACGUAAUUUUUGCAGCUAUAGCUGUGUGGUGGCUUUUCAGAAUUUGUUCAACAAGCCCACAGGAAUGAACUCCUCCGUGGUGCCCUUGUCACAGGGCCAAGUGAUUGUCAGCAUUCCCUCAGGAGCGACGGUCUCUGCCGCGGGCAACACUACCUCAACGGUCUCUCCCAGCUCGGUCAGCAGCUCAGCCGCAGCCGGACUCCAGAGGCUGGCUGCCCAGUCGCAACAAGUCUCCCGCACCGUCGCCAAGCUCAGGUGUCAACACUGUAAUCGUCUCUUUGCAACGAAGCCCGAAGUGCUCGACUACAGGGGCAAAAUGUUCCAGUUCUGCGGAAAGACCUGUUGUGACGAAUACAAAAAGAUAAACUGUGUCAUGUCAAUGUGUGAAUACUGCAAAAUUGACAAGAUCGUUAAAGAAACAGUGCGAUUUUCAGGCAUUGAUAAAUCAUUCUGUAGCGAAGGCUGCAAAUUGCUUUACAAGCAUGACUUAGCCAAACGUUGGGGGAAUCACUGUAAAAUGUGCAGCUACUGUUUGCAAACCUCUCCAAAACUGGUGCAGAAUCACUUUGGAGGCAAAGUGGAGGAAUUCUGUUCAGAAGAUUGCAUGUCAAAGUUCACGGUUUUAUUUUAUCAAAUGUCCAAAUGUGAUGGGUGCAAAAGGCAGGGCAAACUCAGCGAGACCCUGAAGUGGAGAGGUGAAAUCAAACAUUUUUGCAACUUGCUUUGCAUUUUGAUGUUUUGCAACCAGCAGUGUGCAUCAGAUCCACCACCACCACCCCCUCCGCCUCCACCGCCUCCACCUCCUCUGCCUCCACCCCCGCCUCCAAAUAAUGCAGCAAAUGUUUCUAUGACACCAACAUCUUCAGCAGGGCCACCUUUAUCUCUCAGGAAGGACUCCACUCCUGUGAUUGCAAAUGUGGUGUCUCUUGCCAGCGCACCUGCUGCUCAGCCUACAGCCAACUCCAAUAAUGUUUUGCAAGGUGCAGUUCCUACUGUAACAGCAAAAAUAAUUGGCGAUGCAAGUACCCAGACAGAUGCUUUGAAGCUCCCUCCCUCACAGCCACCCCGGCUCCUCAAGAACAAAGCCUUGCUGUGCAAGCCCAUCACCCAGACCAAGGCCACUUCUUGCAAGCCUCACACGCAGCAUAAGGAAUGCCAAACCGAAGAAGAAGAAGAACUUCCACCCAAAAUCAUUAUGGUGCCUGUUCCUGUACCAGUGUUUGUGCCAAUCCCGCUUCAUCUCUUCACCCAGUAUACACCAGUCCCUCUGGGAAUGCCAGUCCCGGUCCCGGUUCCUAUGUUUGUGCCCCCUGCCCCAGAGACCCCUGACAAAACAAUAGAAGCCAUUCCAGACGUCAAAAAGAACUCGGCUAGUCCUUUUGAGGCUGAUCUUCUCCAGAUGGCAGAAAUGGUUGCUGAAGAUAAAGACAAGGAACACUCUCAGGGAGGCUCUCAAACAUCUGAGCACGAACUCUUUCUGGACCCUAAAAUAUUUGAAAAAGACCAGGGCAGCACGUACAGCGGGGACCUGGAAUCGGAAGCAGUGUCAACUCCCCACAGCUGGGAGGACGAGCUGAAUCACUAUGCGUUGCGCUCCAGUACGGUGCCCGAGCCCGAGCCCGAACCAAAACAGUUCUCCAAAGGCGAACUGGAGCAGGACCUGGAGGCCGACUUCCCAUCAGAUUCCUUUGACCCCAUCAGCAAAGGGCUAGGUCUUCAUUCACGGGCACGAGCGAGGCGGAGACAUAGAGACGGUUUUCCGCAGCCAAAAAGACGGGGUAGAAAGAAGUCCAUCGUUUCUGUGGAACCCCGAAUCCUGGUUCAGAGCUCAUAUCCAGGCUGUUCUGUUUCCGGGAUGAGUCUCAAAUACAUGUACGGGGUGAAUGCCUGGAAGAACUGGGUCCAGUGGAAAAACACGCAGGAAGACCAAGGAGACCUGAAAUUUGGAGUUCGGUCUGUGAAGCUCAAAGAGGACAUCCUGUCGUGUUCCUUUUCGGAGCUGAGUUUCGGCUUGUGCCAGUUCAUCCAGGAGGUGCGGCGACCAAACGGCGAAAAGUAUGACCCUGACAGCAUCUUAUACCUGUGCCUUGGAAUUCAGCAGUACUUAUUUGAGAACGGCAGAAUAGAUAACAUUUUUACUGAACCCUACUCCAGGUUUAUGAUUGAACUUACAAAACUGUUGAAAAUCUGGGAGCCUACAAUACUUCCAAACGGUUACAUGUUUUCAAGAAUCGAAGAGGAGCACUUGUGGGAGUGUAAGCAGCUGGGCGCCUACUCCCCCAUCGUGCUCUUGAAUACACUGCUUUUUUUUAACACCAAAUACUUCCAGCUCAAGAAUGUCACUGAGCACAUGAAGCUGUCCUUUGCCCACGUCAUGCGACGUACCCGGACUCUGAAAUACAACACAAAGCUGACUUACUUACGCUUCUUCCCACCUUUCCAAAAGCAGGACGUAGAACCAGAUAAAUUAGUGGGCAAAAGGAAACGUCACGAGGGCGAAGAAGCAGUAGAGAUGGUUGAGAACACUGACAAUCCCUUGAGGUGCCCGGUUCGGCUCUAUGAAUUCUACUUGUCAAAGUGUUCUGAAAGCGUGAAGCAGAGGAGCGACGUCUUUUACCUCCAGCCAGAACGUUCGUGCGUCCCCAAUAGCCCCAUGUGGUAUUCCACUAUGCCAAUAGAUCCUGGGACUUUGGACAUCAUGUUAACGCGCAGCCUCAUGGUAAGGGAAGUGCACGAAGAACUUGCCAAAGUUAAACCGGAGGACUCGGAUCCGGAGCUUUCGGACUAAACUCGGGCGAAGGGGAGGCUCUCUCUUUUGUUUGUUUGUUUGUUUCGGUUUUGUUUCCUUCCCUUUCCAUGGUAUCUUGCAAAAAAAAAAAAAAGCACCAAACUGAAUUGCACCGGGCCUUCAGAAAAAUCACUCGUGUCACACACACACACACACAAAAAGGGCCCCACACCUCCGAAGGCACAGUGGAAGCUGCAAACAGGUUGCAAAACGAGACUCGAAGGAUGGAAAGUGGCAGAAGACCGCAAACGCCCGUGAAAACAUUUGACGGAGAUGAACUGGAGACCUGUCUCUUCCCCCUCUCCCUGCCUCCAAGUGGUGCUUGUAGUGGAAUAAAAAAAACAAUUAUGGAUGUGUUUUCUUAAAAAACAAAACAAAAAAAAAAGGAAAGCAGUGGUGUACAUCCUUCCCUCCUAACCAUGGAAGCAAAGGAAGCUAGAUUAAGACCCCCCCCCGGGUAAUUUUUGCAGUGUAGCUGCUACCCACUCAUCCAUGGAGGUCACCUAAUACUUGCUCUAGGAUGCCAAGCUGAACGUAGUUGAGACGGAAGCCCAUGGGAAUGCCAUCUGUAACAUACACGCCAGAACCAUUCCUUGCCCUCUCCCCUUUUAUACUUUUUUUUCGGGGGGGGCGGUCUUCUUUAGGAAAAAUGUUGGGUUGUUCAAAAAGGCUAACUUGGUCAGAAGCUGAAGCAAAGAGGGGGGGAGCCUGGCGGGCUGCCCUCACGUUUUCUGGCUUUUGAAAACCCAGGCAACAGGAGGAAGUCAAAUUUAGCCAGGCCACCUCAACCAUACUUUUAUCUGAGGAAACGACUCAUUUCUGAAUGAACUCCACGCACACAUACUCAGCCGCCCCAUGCAGACAAAACUAGGGUUUGGUCCUCCGCCCAUCCCUUUCUUAAGAGCAAGAUACUCAAAAGCGGUUCCCGAGAAAUUGUACCCCCGUCCCUGUAUUAUUAUUAUUAUUUUUUCUUUAACUGGACGAGGCAGCGACUAUUCCUCCAUUGCUCAUUUAUAAAUUCACUUCUACAAAUCCAGGAGAGUUUGAACGCCGGAGGCCUUGCGGAUGUUUUUUGUUGUUUGCAUUAUCCCACUGGUUGAUUUAAACAAGGCAUUGUAAUCCUCAGCAUGAUUUGUGUAGCGUCGCUUUUAAUUAAAACAAACAAACAACAAAAAAAAAAAGGCAUAGAAAUCGGAUUCCAAAUUUGAAAAGAGAAUUUGGUUGGCUUUGCCCUAAUCCUAACCCCCCCCCCUCUUCCUCUGGGUAAAAAAAAAAAGUCCCCUUUAUCAAAACGCAGGGUGCAUAAGGCUUAGCCAAGUCCCAUUUCACCAACCUUCCUCAAGCCGAAGACUUUCCCUCCCCCCCUCAGUCUUCAAAAGAUCGCUUUGAAAAUCAAAACUAUUUUUUAAAAGAAAAAAAAAACGGGGGGGGGGAAAUUGUACCUUUUUAUUCGCGGUUUUGUCCAUUCACCAAAUUUCUUAAGAAGUUCUUUAAAAAAAAAAAAGCAAAAGAAAAAAAGAAACACCCUGCUGUUGGUCUCUCCAGCAUUGAACAAAGCCUUUUGUGUAUGUAUGUGUGCGUGUGUGCGUGUGUGUGUUUGGGGUAUUCUUUUUAACAGUAACAAAGGUUAACAAUAAAAUCAGAAAGUAGUCUUC